AUGUUUCCCUGCCUGAGGAAAGCUCUCGUGCUCAACACCAACGCCUUGUACGUGCUGGUCCAGAUGUGGGUGGCCAGGUAUGACUACGAGACCACACAGAAGGCUAAGACACCGCCGUUAGCUGCCAUCCAUGACGAGGUGAAGAAGUUCUGGGUUCUGAUUGGUGGAAACAAAGACGGUGUACAGCCUACGGCUGUGCAGGUUCAUGCUGAAGCAUGGGGCUUGAGAAAGCUGAUUUCCUACAGCAUCCGUCGUGUUUCCAUGGGACACCGUGCCAGAGAUCCAUCAGUUCGUGACAUUUUCCACGUGUUCAUCAGAGGCUGGUUCCCCGAGGUGCUCCACGAAUGGGAGAACGCCGAUGCCAGUGAGGACCUGGAAGAGUCCGACCAUAUGUCGGACGAACCCGACGUGGACCCCGAUGCUCCGCGUGUGAAAGUAGAGGAGGACGAUCACGAUGAGCGCAACAGUGUUUCACUCGACAUUGACCUUUGGUCGAGGGAUGAAGAGGAUCCUGCCAAUCCGGUGGCAGAGCCUGUCGGGCCUUCUACGUCUAUGAAUGAAGAGGAAGCCACAGAGCCUGUCGGGCCUCCACACACUUCUACGUCUAGGGAUGAAGAGGAAGCUGCCACAGAUCCUGUCGGGCCUCCGCCCACUUCUACGGGCGGUGUUGUGGACCCUAGCAUGAUGGACACGUUAGUCAACACGCCUUCGCCAUCUCCGCCGCAAAAGGCGUUGGUCCCAUCCAGACCGCGUGAAGACCUGGAUGCUCAGAUUCUGGAGAUGGAGCGACAAAUUGCAGCACGAAGGGCAGGGCAUUCGACGUCAGCAGAGGCCGUGCAGGAGCCUGCCCAGGUGCGGCCGCCUGCCCCUGUGCUUCGGCAGAAUGCCAAGGAGUGUCUGCAAGAGCUUCCCACGACUGUGCAGAACCAGGUUGUUGCACGCAUGGACAUUUCGGAUGAGAGUGGGGAUGAGAAGGGCCAGGCUGCGGUUCCAUCGCUAGCCAAUGGGGAUUACAAGGGCUUCAGUGAGCUUCCGAAGGCAGGGACUGUUGAUGAGUCUGCCAAGGAUGUUCCGUUCUUGACAAGGAGGGAGCAAAUGGAGAGUAUGGAGGCCGAAAGGGAGAAGGACGACAGCCACCGGGGACCCAAGGCUCCAAAAGGGGGUCGCGGCCGGGGUGGCCGUGGCCGGGGUGGCCGUGGCCGCGGUGGCCGCGGCCGCAAGCAAGAGGAUCGCGAUGAUGGUGAGGUUGACGGUGAGGGUGACGACGACCACUCCGAGCCAGAAGCGAAGCCGCCCAACACCAAGCCAGCGAAAGCAGACAAACCGAUGCCGGUACUCAAGCGCCCAGCAGCACGAUGCGCCGUCCGCAACGACUUUGAGCAAGGCUACCUGGACGUGUACUGGACCCGGCCCGCCUGUGGAUUGAAGCUGCGCACGACCGGCAAAUCUGUGUUCUACCUUGCCCAACGUGGAGCUACCAUGGCACAGAUCCUUCCAGUGGUAUACCCGGUUGCCCAGAUCCUGGAUGAAGUGGCAGGCGAUGUCAGUCACGAGAGGUUCACGGCUGCAGCGGAUGAGGCCAAGAUGCCCUACGUGCGGGACUGGGCUUCUAUGCCAGACAUGGUUUGUUGGUGGACAACAACCUCGGGCCACGUGCUGAUCACGGCAGUCUUGCUUUUGAUAUGGAGCCACAGCCUGCCUGAGAAGUACGAUGUCGUCGAGUAUUUCGGCGGGUUGGCAUUGAUGGCGGCUUUACAGGGCAAGUAUGGAGCUACCUAUAGGAGCUUUCUGAAUCCGAUGGGCUACACCGGCCAUCGUAGUGUGCGAGUGGCCAAUCUCAUCAGCUGCAGGACGAUCCUCCUACUGCUCUUGAUCGAAGCCAAGUGUGGCAUCUGGCUCGUGGAACAGCCCAACUCCUCGCUGCUUUUUGAGUCAGAUAGAUUCCGCUGGUUCGUGCAUCACCUCGACAGCAUGAAUAUGAGAGUAUUCAAGCAGAAGUUCUACAUGAAAUUCUUUGGCCAUCCCAAUCCGAAACCAACCCUGGUUGUGGCUAAUUCUCCAAAGAUUAUUCUGCUGCAACAUCCAGCCAUGAAGCUCGCAGACCUGAAGUGUGAGAAGAAGACGAUUUAUCCUAUGCGCUUUGCUCUUCGGUGCCUCGAGAUUCAGCAGGAGGCUCGCAGUGAUGGCAGGGAUCCAGCGCCGGUUGACCUUCGGACCGACCUCCGAGACAUGUAUGCUGGGCUAGCCUGGGGCGAUGUCUGGGACGAUGCUGCUAUGGCUGAGUUGCUGAUCUAUCUUCGAGGAUCCACGCUGGGGGGUGCCCCGUCCGAGGGGCGGCUUCUCGCGUCCGAGGUGCGUCUUUCAGCGUCCGGCCCGGUUAAGGUCGAGUGCCCAGACGAAGAUCAGGAGCUGGCCGCCAUGGAGAUGCAACUCGAGGAGCUCCGCAAGAGGCGCCGCAUGCAGAGAAGCCCAGAAGCCCCGUCUCCGGGGACCACGGCGAUGAUCCCUCCUGGUGCGAAGCAGUCAGAAACAACCCCCAUGAAGGUGAACAAGAAGCAGGCUUUGGGCUUGGAGACCGUUCAGGAGACCCAGGUCGAUCAGCCAGUCCCCAGCCCCAGCCCUGCGAAGAUUGACACACCGCAAGUGAAGAAGAACUUGUUCGCUCAGUCCCCUGGGUCUGGCGGCACCGGGGAGCCUGGUGACAGCAGUGCUGCAGACGUCGAGGAGUUGCGGCACAUGAUUGAACGAAUGCAAAUUGCUAUGGACGCCAAAGAUGUCGAGAACCGCAACCUGCAAGAGCAGCUGAAGUCUGCCGCCGAGAUGCAAGGGCAGGCUCAGGACGAUGAGAAGGCAGACGACGCCCUGCGCAAGCGUCUGCAGCGCUUGUGCGAGAGAAAGAAAAACGGGUCACUGAAUGUUCCGAAAGAGAUCCAUGACUUAUGGAUGAAGGGGGGCGAGGACCGGGCUGAGCUCCGACGUCGCCUUAAGGAUGCCAACCUGGACAAGGAAGUCUUCAUCAAGAGUGUCAAGGUUCUCCUGAAGCAGCGGGAGGCUGUGAAGUAUCGGGUCAAGGCCCAGUGGUGCUCCGAGGAUAAGAUGCGAGACACUCUGAAGCUGAAGGAGGCACGGAUCAAAGCUGUGAAGGAGUUCUGUGAGGCCCGACCCGGCUACACAACGUAUGACAAGUACCAGAAGCUGACAAAGUACUGGUAUGAAGAGGAUCUCGAGAUGGAUUGGGAGAAGGAGAGGUCUCGUGAGACCAACGAAGAAGGUGAGUAUGAAACUACGACUGAUGCUGCCUCCUUCCUGGAUGCCCCGCCUAUCGAAGCCGACCUCAACCAAGCCGCACGAGGCACACCAUCUAGGAUUUUGCAUCGCCAGAAACUACUAUAA